AUGGAUAGUGAAGGAAAAGUAACCUUUGAAGAUUGAACUUACCUUCAGAAAUGCUUAAAAUACGAAAAGCUGCGCCUGUCCCAUGGUAAAGCAUAGCCAGACGAAAUAGAAAAGAAAGAGCUGCUCUCAAAACUUGAAGACCUCCACCGAGGGUAUUAUGAGCACCAAUUAAAAGUCAGAGAAUUUCACGAAAACGUAAUUUCCAUUCAGGCCAACGAAAAGAAGCAUUUAAUCCCAGACGCACAUGCAUUUCUAGGUGACCAUUAUCACUACGUCGAAGCCUUUGUUACUCAGAUCAGAAAUAACCCUGAUAUAUUCGCCUAUGUGUGCUCUAUGUGCCGUCAAAGAAAAGAUAACAUUGACUCAUUAGUAGAAAGCUUCAGCUACUCCUUUUUCUUAGACUUGGUCCAUCCAGAAAACACUGAGCUUGAGCUCUUAAACGCAAUUCAUAGACUCAUCAAAGAAGAACUCACCGAACUCAGCAGCAGUGGCCACGUCUCAAAUCUUUUAAACGAAAACCUAUUGCUACGAAAAAUGCUGAUCCUUUAUAUGAAAAGAAAAAACCAAUUGAAAUAUAUGAAAUUAGUGUUUAAAAAGCCUUUAACUCCCCCCCCCCCCCGUGAGCGAACAAAACCAUUAGAAAAAUCACCAUUUUUUGACUAAAAACCCACCCUCCGUGAGCGAACAAAAAUUUUUUUUAAUAGAAAAAAUUUUAAUGGAAAAAAAUUUUGAUAUAUAAGUGAUAAUUAGUAUAAUGAAAUCUAGAGCUAAUUCUGUUUAAUUUUAAAACAAAUUGCGUUUUAAAACAUAAAUUUUGCAAAUUAAAUUAAUAUUUGCUUCCCAAUUUUUGCAAAUUAGGAUUUUUUUAAAUUUCGAAAACAAUAUUUUUUAUAAAAAUUAUAUAUAUAUUUUUUUUUUUAAAAAAAAAAAAUUAACCCCCCUCCGUGAGUGAACAAAAUUUUUUUGUUCGCUCACGGAGGGGGGGGGGGGGGAGUAAGAGAAAUUAUUCAUGAUCAAGAAAGGAUUAAAGACUUAAAACUGGACCCAAAGCUUAUAUAUAAAAUUGAGACUGAACGGCUAAAAAGCUUCCAAAGAGAAGAGCCAUCACCUCCGAAGAAAAAAUCGCUUUUUGGGUCAAAAAAGAAAGUAAAAGUUGAGCAAAAAGAUGCAAGCCCUGUUGUUGUAGAAGUAACUGAUGAAGAAGCAUUGCAAAAUAUCCAAGUCAAAGAAUUGAUUGAAGGGAGAAGCCAAGUUAUUAUAGGCCAGUGUAAGCAGCUUCUACAAGCACUUUAUAAAAAUGUAAGAACUAUGCCUUAUGGGCUUAGAGGGAUAUGCAAAAAAAUGAUCGAUUUAAUAGAUGUAUUAGUUCCAGGCGUAAGUGAGGCUGAUAAGUUUUCAUUGUUAGGGAACAUGCUUUUUACAUUUUGGUGGAUCCCAGCUAUUUUUGAUCCUAUAAAAAAUGGUUUACUUCAAAACGUUAUAAUUCAUUCUACCACUCUUCAUCACUUAAAACUGAUAGGAACUAUUUUCAAGCACAUUUUCAAGGAAAGCAGAUUUGAUGAGCCUCAAUACGAAACUAUUAACAAUUUUAUAGCUGAAGAAUCAAUUCAUAUGAAAGAUUUCUUUCGAGAAAUCUUAACUCUCGAUGAUGGGAGCUUUUCUGGAAGAAAAAAGCCAGGAAAACCUUCUCCAACAGCAUCAUUUAUAUCAAAUUCCAAUGGAGAUCAAACCAUGUUCAAUUACUACAAAAACCGAUUGUCUAGACCUUUGGUGUCUCCAUUUAAUUUUAAUUCUAAAACGAAAAAGCAGAUAGAAAGCAUGAACGAAAUGAAAGAGUUUAAGGUCACGACUGUUGUUUUAGCUUUAGAAAAUAUUAAAUUUUUAGCAAAAAUUGUCAAAGAAAAUGAAGAUGAGGUAGUAUCAAGAGGAUGAACUGACUUAUUAAGAUACGCAAAAACAAUAAGAAACGCUGACGAAACAGAUGCAUUAAUCCAAUAUGUAUAUGUCAGUGAAAUUGGCUUGCAUUAUGAUGAAAAUCCUUAUUUAUUUUUUAUCAAACGAAAUUUUGGCGAAAAUGAUUUGGAAAACAGCUAUGUCGCUAACCUUCACAAAUCCAUCACAAAUUUCCCGAAAGAUUCUGAUUUUGAAGGUAUAAAACUCUUAACAAAAGUUAUGGAGGCAACAAGAAAUUUGCUAGUAUGCUUAGAUUUGUCCAUUUUCUUUGAUCUCAGUAAAGAAUGAUCCCUUAAAGACAUUUCUGAAUAUGUCAUCCAGUUUUCUUAUCUCUUCGAAAAUAAAAAAACAGCUGCUCAAGAAGGUGUUCCCUUAAAGCUUUUAGCCCAAUUUCUCGCCACCUACCUCAAAUGUGUCCCAGACGAAUAUAAAUCCCAUAACUUUCGCAAGCUUUUUACGACUCUUCUAAAAGAAUGCGAAGAAAGAUUCCAAGUCAGGAGAAAAAUUGCCAACAAAAAUAAAAAGCUGCUACUUUUAGCUAUAAAUUUUAUGGAAAAACAUGUAAAUGAUAUGAAACAAGAAGUAAAAGUCCAAGAAUCACUGAAGAGGAAAAAAUAUUUUUUGUCGUUUAUAAGAAAAGGUGUAAUUCCUGCAUGUUUACUGACACUUAAGGACGGAGGAAAUUAUACGACGCAAGUAUUUCAUCAGUCUGUGUGCCCACAUUCUAAGUUGUCAGCAGUUGGAGAUUUUGUGCUAGGAAACAAUAGGAAGUUAAAGACUCAGGCGAAUGAGGAAACUCAUGUGUUGUCUAUUGAAGAGUUUUAUCAAAAAUUCAUGAAACUAGACCAAGUAGUCCAGUCUACAGAAAAAGAAGAUGACCCUUACAACGUUGGUGGUGCCUUUUUCGACUAUAUUAACCUCGUCAAAAACGUGCUUAUAGAAGAAGGAAACAGUGAAGAAGUCGCUGAAAUCACUGUUGACGAAAUUGAGAAACACAUAACUUCCAAUAUGUAUAACCAUAUCUUCCCUAGCAAGGCUUCUAUAGAAGACACCAACCUCUAUAACCGCACUCUUGAGCUUGACUGAGUGAAGCCAGCACAUAUGGAUAUAGAGCCAGCCAAUAGAAAUGAAGACAUGUGGAAAUUCGCGAUAGAAGCCUUAGAAGCUAUAGACACCUACAGAGCUCCUUCAGAUAAGCUUAAUUGUUUAGCAGGCUGUAUGUCAAUUAUAGUUAAUGUAUUAGGACUCAUGUCUUCUGGAAGUGGCGGGGUAGGCACUGAUGACUCUUUGCCUAUUAUAAUUUAUGUCGUAUUAAAAGCGAAGCCACAAAGGCUGUACUCCAAUUUAAACUAUAUCUCAAAAUUCAGGCACCAUACCAAGAUGAUUGGGCUUAAAGGCUUUGUUUUCCAGCAAUUCCAAAGUGCAGCUACUUUUAUUGAAAGCUUGGAUUUCAGAAGCUUAAGCAUCACCCCUGAAGAAUAUGAAGAGAAUGUCCAGGCAUGUAGGAAAAAGCAUGGAUUAAAUAAAUAA